AUGGAGACAGAAGGAAGAGGCAAUAAACAAUCCAGUUCAGAUAGAGAGGAGGAAAAUGAGGAUUUGGUACAGUUAGGGGAUGAGAAAAUUGCUAAAGGAACUGAGGCAUGUUCCAAAAGUCUUCUUGGGAGAUUGUUCGCAGAUAAACCAUUCUCCCAAGGAACAUUGGACAAUGCUCUCAGGGUGAUUUGGGGAAGACCAAUGGGAUUUCGCACGGUGGAGAGAGGAAAUAAUAGAUUUCAAUUCUUUUUUGACUCUGAACAAGAUGCAAUAAGAAUUGAGAGAGGAGGGCCAUGGCUCUUUAAAGAUUAUGUGCUGCACGUCCAGAGAUGGAAUGAGGAUGAGAACGAAGUGGAAGAAAGACUCCGGUACUUUCCAGUUUGGGCUCAAUUCUGGGGUCUUCCGGAGGAAUACAAAACAUUGGAGGUAGGGAGAAAAUUGGGUGAUAAGAUUGGAGAGGUUAUUGAAGUAGGAUUCUUUAGUGUUAGAGGCAAAGAAUCCAGAAUUGUGAAGGCAAAAAUCCAACUUGAUGGAGGAAAAAAGGCUAGAGACAGCCUGCGGCUCGCUGGUCCAAAGCAGAAGGUAAUGGAGAUUGGUGUGAGAUAUGAGCGCUUGGGUAAAGUCUGCACCUAUUGUGCGUACCUAGGGCAUGAGGCAAAACACUGUAACAGGCUGAUCACAGACUUGACGGCGCAUCAGAACACACAGGACAACAUUGGAGAGUGGGUUAAAGCGGAUCAAGUUGGCAAGAGAGAGGAUACAGGGGGUGCUGACACAGGAGGGGAUAAAACUUCUCAUUUAAGACCUGCACAACCAAAGAAGAAACCACCUCCCACAUGGCUAAUAGAAGAUUUUGCUGGAAUGAGUAUGCAUGACAAUAGAGACACAGAAAAAGGGGCACCAGAAUCUUUGAACAAGUGGACGAGAGUAGCGCCGACUCAGAUACCUGAGAAAGAAGGGAAGCCCAGGGAGGAAAAUAGAUCUCUGAUCCUGUUGGAUGAUGCUAAUCCAGCAGCAUAUUCUAAGGAAGUACACCUGGAGAAGGAUGAUACGAGUAAAGAGGAGUCAGGAAAGAAGAAGAUCAAACAGAUUGCUAGGCAACGAGGGGAAAACUUCUUGCAUGUUAGUGGCAACAAAAGGAGGCCAGCAGAUAUGGAGAAUGAAACAAAACAGAAAAAGGUAUGUUUGGAGGAAAGGAAUGCAGAUAAGGAGAAGGUGGAGGGUGCCAGCCGUCAAAUGGCACCCCAAAUACCAUGA